AUAAACCACAUCUUGUUUCGCUUUAGGUGCAGAGAAUAGAAUGUUAAGCUGUUUGUGGCUUGUCAGUGUCUGUGUGACUCUCAAACACGUAACUUUACUUACACUGUGACCGUUUCCAGGAUUAGAUCAGCCAUCUGAAGGCAUUAUAUGGCGUGGUUGGCCUUCCUUCUUAUCUUCUGCCUUCAGACAAUCAGCCCACCAUGUCAGGCAAAUGAACAAGCUUUUCUAAGGUUUGUUGGGAUUGGAGAUUGGGGUGGACUUCCUUUAUACCCCUACUACACGCCACAUGAGUAUGAUACAGCAAAUGAACUGGGCAGAAUUGCUAUGAGCUCAGGUCUGGAUUUCGUCCUCAGUCUUGGAGAUCAUUUCUACUACAGUGGGGUCAGGGACGUAGAUGACACCCGCUUUAAGUCUACCUAUGAGAGUGUGUUCUCUCAUCCCGCGCUGAUGCCUGUGCCGUGGUACCUGGUAGCAGGAAAUCACGAUCACCGAGGAAACAUAUCAGCCCAGAUCGCCUACUCAAACAGAUCUGAAAGAUGGAUCUACCCCGACCUCUACUAUGAGCUGAACUUCAAGGUUCCUCGCAGCAACACGUCCAUCACGGUUCUGAUGAUCGACACUGUGGUUCUGUGUGGCAACACCUAUGACGGGCUUCACCCUGCUGGUCCGGAGGACUACGUUGCUGCCAACAAACAGCUGAAGUGGAUCGAGCAGAAACUUCAAAAUACCAGGUCAGAUUUUGUCAUUGUGGCCGGUCAUUAUCCAGUCUGGUCCAUUGGCCAUCAUGGUCCGACCAAGUGCCUGGUAUCAAAACUCAGACCCCUCCUGAAGAAGUACAAUGUCUCCUUAUAUCUGUGUGGUCAUGACCACAGUCUACAGUUUAUCAGAGAAGACGAUGGAAGUUCAUACGUUGUCAGCGGAACAGGAAUUGCAGAGGAUAUUCACACUGACCACAAGAACAGCUUCCCGUCAUCUUGGCAGCUGUUCUCCAACAUGGUCAAUAAGACGACAGGAGCAUUUGUGUACUUUGAGGUCAAUACAAAUGAGAUGUUGAUAAAUUACAUGCAGCCAGACGGGAAGUGUGUGUACCAGACAUCCGUCUCUAAACGCAAAGUCUAACUUUGACGUUUCUCCUAGUCUGCUUUUAAUAAACACAACAGUCACUUUGGCGAAAGUUCUAUUUGCACUAAUAAUUCUGUUCUAUAUUUUAUUUUAAUUUAGUUUUUUUUUUAAGUUAAAUUCAUGUUUAGUUUGUGAUGAACAAAAUAAAACAUUUAUAUUUCAUAAAAA